GCCGAUAAACACCAAGAGUCCGAGCGCGCAGGUGCAAGGCGAGUGGAUCUGACUGAGGUCCUACCAGCGGUUACGGCUGAGGACUGUCCUGUCCAGGGACCGUUUGGGGUUGUGGACAACACACACAUUGGCAACAUAGUGGAUGCGCGUCUCGUAGAUGUUAACGACGCGCACGACCCAACUCUUACGAAGCAGCUACUGUGCACCGCCGGAGUGGACAAGACCGUCGCACUCUUUGAGAUACAAACCAUGGAGCCAGACCACAUCGCGUACUCGCGCACAGACACGCUAGACCACCACAAGGGGUGUGUGGUGAGUGUGCGCACGCACCCGCAGAUGGCCACUCACCCGUAUGUGCUCUUGUGUAGCAUGGACAAGACCGCGUCUCUGUACAACACACAUACGGGCGAGGUAGUGCAGGUCUUCCCACAGCACACCAAGUUUGUGACUGUGGGCCUAUUCUCACCUGGAGUAGGGGCGUAUGUGGUGCUGGGCGGCAGCUACGACCAGACGGUUAGCGUGCACAGAUGGGAUGUGGAAAGGGAUAUGUACGCGCACGUGCACACGCUGAGCUUCAAGGGACCGGUGGAGAGUAUGUGCUUCAGUCCAGACGGCUCUGAGCUGUGUGUGGGCGUACGAAACGAUCACUGCAUGCACUUCAUAGACUUCUCGCCCACCGGAACGGACAAAGGUGUACCGAACUUCGGGCAGCUGGCACUCAAUAUGAACAGUCUCAGGGACGAUUGGGUUAGUUUCACGCCCAUGGAUGUGUCCUACAGCCCCAAUGGGAAGCUGCUGUUGGUGUCUACCGAUAAGAACCGCCUGAACUUGUACCAACGAGAUCAGAUGGCUCUGAUCACCAGUUUCUACGGCUCCAGCAACGACGAGUACAGUCAGCCCAGACACAGCUGGGAUCCUUCAUCACGGUUUAUAUAUCAGACCUCACAAGACUACAAGAUCUACGGCUGGAACGUGCAGACACAGCAAAUCGUGGUGACACUCGAAGGUCAUACCAAACAAGUGCGCAAUCUCAGUGGUUAUACAUCGGCGGAUGGGUGCUUCAUACUGGUGUCCUGUGCCUACGACAGUACUAUCCGACUGUGGAAGUAGUGGCUGGGGCAGUGUGAGGUGUAUUG